AUGACUGGGACUGCCCUCUUCCAAAUCCUCCUGCUCGCCGGUCUCCUGAGCGCCACGCGGUUCCCGUGCUUCCCCGAGUAUUGUCUCCGUGACCGGGACUACGAGGAGCUGCUGAAGAUCGCCCGGGACGGGCUGGAGCCCGCGGCUCACCCGGCGCACGUGGUCGUGGUGGGCGCGGGGAUCGGCGGGCUGACGGCAGCCAAGCUGCUCCGGGACGCUGGGCACACGGUUACCGUUCUGGAGAGGAGCAGCUGGGUCGGGGGGCGGAUCCGGACGUACCGGCCUGAGGGACAGGACUGGUACGUGGAGCUGGGACCCAUGCGCCUGCCAGGCAAGCACAGGCUUGUCCGUGAAUUCAUCCGCCAGUUCAACCUGAAGCUGAACCCUUUCAUCCAGAGGGACAACAACACCUGGUACUUCCUGAGGGGUGCUCGGGUCAGGGCUGAGGAGGUGGACAGGAACCCUGACGUCCUGAAUUACACCGUGGAGCCGUCGGAGCGGGGCAAGAGCAGCGUCCAACUGUACCGGGAGGUCCUGAGCAAGGCUCUUAAGAAGUUCCAGACCACUGAUUGCAGGAAGUACCUGGCUCAACACGACUCCUUCUCCACCAAGGAAUAUUUGAUCAAGGUGGGGGGGCUGAGCCGAGGAGCUGUUGACAUGAUUGGUGACUUGCUGAACGAGGACUCGGGGUUUUACCUCUCCUUCCUCGCCUCGCUGUGGGACUUCGACGUCUUCUCCGAUGAGAGUUUUGAUGAAAUCACCGGGGGGUUUGACCAGCUGCCCAGAGCCUUCCACGAGGCGCUGCCCGACGUCGUCCGCUUCAACUGCACCGUGGAGAAGGUCAUGACGAAGGGCGGCAAAGUCCGAGUGUUCUACCGUGCUCCGGACACGCUCGCCCCGAGCGUCGUCGCUGCGGAUUACGUCCUGGUCACCUCCAGUGCCAAGGCCACCAGGCACAUCCAGUUCCUCCCGCCGCUGUCCCCCGCCAAGGCCCACGCCCUGCGCUCCGUCAACUACGCGAGCGCCUCCAAAAUCAUCCUGGCGUGCUCCGAGAAGUUCUGGGAGAAGGACGGGAUCUGCGGGGGCUACUCCGUCACCGACCGCCCCUCCCGCUUCAUCUACUACCCCAGCCACAACUUCUCCAGUGGGGUGGGCGUCAUCCUGGCUUCCUACACCUGGAACAGCGACGCCGAGUUCUUCCUGCCCCUCACGGACGACAAGUGCCUGGAUGUGGUGCUCCAAGACCUGGCGGACAUCCACCAGGUGAGCAAGGAGUACCUGCAGUACACCUGUGACCGGCACGUCAUCCAGAAGUGGCAGCUGGACCGACACUCCCUGGGGGCUUUCGCUGCCUUCACCCCCUACCAGUUCGUGGACUACUCGCAGGCGCUGUUCGCCCACGAGGGCCGGCUCCACUUCGCCGGGGAGCACACGGCCCAGCCCCACGCCUGGAUCGACACCGCCAUGAAGUCGGCCAUCAGGGCCGCCGGCAACAUCCACCACGAGAGCGGCGAAGCCGCGGCGCCGGACGGCGAGCGGCCUGGGAGGCCCGCGCGGAGGGAAGAGCUCUGAGCUCUGUGCGAAUCCCGGUCCUUUCCGAGGAAAAGCAGCGGAAUUCCUCGGCAGCGAGAGGCGGCCAAUCCGCGGGCGUCCCGAAAGCGGGGGUUAAAAGCGUGGCGGGGAGACGAGGGGAGCACUGAAAUCGUGAAUCCGAAUUAUAAAUGCUUGAUGGGGGUGGGAGGGGAGCGCUAAAAACGGACAGGGGUUAUUGUAGAAGGUUGAAUCUGCAGCCCAAUAAUAGAGGACGAUGAAAAUUUGGGUCGGAAAGUAAAGUAACGCAGACUGAUGAGGGUGUAAUGCAAAUGUCUCAAAACAAUAUUUAGGUGUGAGGCUUGAUAACAGAGAACACAAGCCUCUGGAAUUGCAUAUUCUCGUAUUUUAUAAAGUGUUGCACUUCCCUUGAUUGCAUCAGAUUUGCCGUAAACAUCAGGAUUAAUAUUUUCAGCAAGUACUCUGCUAUGUAAAAUCAGUUUUACUUUCUAUACUCAGAAAAUGUUCAAUAUGCAGUUCAAUUCUUUCACAUUUCCAUUUUUAAGUUCAUUAAACUCAUUCCAAGUAAUUAUAGCUCAGCUCUGCGUGCGGAAGACAAAAUCUGGCAAAUAAUUUUAGUUUGAAAAUCGUAUCUAUUUUUCCAGUGGUAUUUCCGGUGCUAGCUUAAGGAAACUCACACACACACACACACACACUCUGCAGUUCCCCCUUGUCCACCGCUGUAAUUCCCAGCUUAUUUGCAUGCCAGGCGCUUCAGGGGAUGACUAAGAAGGAAAAAUAAAGGCGGGAAUUUGUGGUUUCCUUGUGUGUGAGGGCGGCGUCAUCGCGUAAAAAUGGUGUCGCCACGCUCCAGCCCUUGGGGAAGUCGCCGCUCUCAGUUCCUCCAGCCCAGAAUCUGAGAGAGAACCCGGCGCUCCCUCACCAUCCUCUCCUUUGAGUGGUCCAACACAACCAGUUAAUUAACCAGUGCUAAUUCUUGCCCGGUAAUUUUGCCGUUCCCCACGGCGCCAGUCAGGAUGCGAUCCCGGCCUCUUCGACCUGUGGCCAAUGCCGAGUU